CGGAAGCCAGCACCAUGUGACCUCACAGCCAGCUCGGCCUGACCGCUGCUCUACUCCACCCAGAGCCCACCUUGGCCAGCUCACCCCAGCUCUGAGACAUCCCAACUUUAAGGACUUGCCUAGUAGUGGCUUACAGCGCUAGAGUCCCCUGGGCACUCUGGGCACAGCUUACUGCGCUGAGAGCAGAGACCAGAACAGAGCAUCCCCAAAGCACUAGCUUCCGUGUGUUCUAGGCAUCCAAGCUCCAGCUGCAUCUCCUGGCCCUGGCCUGGGGUGCUUAGCUGUGUACCUUUCACCCAGAACUGGCUGAUAGGGAAGUCGGAGAGCCCAGUGGGGAUGGUGGAGAGAGCGUACCAGUGUGAGAGGAGGCGCUCAAGCUUCCUGGAGUAUGGACUGCUGCUGCUGCUGCUACUGAUGUUGCUGGGAGCCAUAGUGACUCUGGGUGUCUUCUACAGCAUAGGGAAACAGCUGCCCUUCUUAACUAACCUGCUGCACCUCUCCCGGAAUGACAGGACGGUUGUAAAACGAGCCCUCAGGGAGUCAUCACAGAAAAGUGACAUCUGCACCACCCCAGGCUGCGUGAUAGCAGCUGCCAGAAUCCUCCAGAACAUGGACCAAUCAAGAAACCCCUGUGAAAACUUUUACCAGUAUGCAUGCGGAGGCUGGCUUCGGCACCAUGUGAUCCCCGAGACCAACUCCCGAUACAGCGUCUUUGACAUCCUUCGGGAUGAGCUGGAGGUCAUCCUCAAAGGGGUGCUGGAGGACUCCAGUGUCCAGCACCGCCCAGCUGUGGAGAAGGCCAAGACACUAUACCGAUCCUGCAUGAACCAAAGUGUGAUAGAGAAGAGAGACUCUGAGCCCCUGCUGCACGUCUUAAAUAUGGUAGGAGGUUGGCCUGUGGCCAUGGAUAAGUGGAACGAAACUGUGGGCCCCAAGUGGGAGCUGGAGCGGCAGUUGGCUGUGUUGAACUCCCAGUUCAACAGACGGAUCCUCAUUGACCUCUUCAUCUGGAAUGACGACCAGAACUCCAGCCGGCACGUCAUUUACAUAGACCAGCCCACCUUGGGCAUGCCAUCUCGGGAGUACUAUUUCAAGGAGGACAACCACAAGGUCCGGGAAGCCUACCUGCAGUUCAUGACGUCGGUGGCCACUAUGCUGCGGAAAGACCUGAACCUGCCCACGGAGAGCACCAUGGUGCGGGAGGAAAUGGCACAGGUGCUGGAUCUGGAGACCCAUCUGGCCAACGCCACAGUACCCCAGGAGAAAAGGCAUGAUGUCACCGCACUGUACCACCGAAUGGACCUAUUGGAGCUGCAGGACAGGUUUGGUCUGAAGGGGUUUAAUUGGACUCUCUUCAUACAAAACGUGCUGUCUUCUGUCGAAGUCGAGCUGCUCCCGGAUGAGGAAGUGGUGGUCUAUGGCAUCCCCUACCUGGAGAAUCUUGAGGACAUCAUUGAUAUCUACCCUGCACAGACCAUGCAGAACUACCUGGUGUGGCGCCUGAUACUAGAUCGCAUUGGCAGCCUGAGCCAGAGAUUCAAAGAAGCCCGGGUGGACUACCGCAAGGCGCUGUACGGCACAACUGUGGAGGAGGUGCGUUGGCGGGAGUGUGUCAGCUAUGUCAACAGCAACAUGGAGAGCGCCGUGGGCUCCCUCUACAUCAAGCGGGCCUUCUCCAAGGACAGCAAGAGUACGGUCAGAGAGCUGAUUGAGAAGGUAAGGUCCGUGUUUGUGGAUAACCUGGAUGAGCUGAACUGGAUGGAUGAAGAAUCCAAGAAGAAGGCUCAGGAAAAGGCCAUGAAUAUCCGGGAACAGAUCGGCUACCCUGACUACAUUUUGGAAGAUAACAAUAGACACCUGGAUGAGGAAUACUCCAGUUUGACUUUCUCGGAGGACCUGUAUUUUGAGAACGGGCUUCAGAACCUAAAGAACAAUGCCCAGAGGAGCCUCAAGAAGCUUCGGGAAAAGGUGGACCAGAAUCUCUGGAUCAUCGGGGCUGCAGUGGUCAAUGCAUUCUACUCCCCAAACAGAAACCAGAUCGUCUUUCCAGCAGGGAUCCUCCAGCCACCCUUCUUCAGCAAGGACCAACCACAGUCCUUGAAUUUCGGCGGCAUCGGGAUGGUGAUCGGUCACGAGAUCACACACGGCUUCGAUGAUAACGGUCGUAACUUUGACAAGAACGGCAACAUGUUGGACUGGUGGAGCAACUUCUCAGCCCGGCACUUCAAACUGCAGUCGCAGUGCAUGAUCUACCAGUACAGCAACUUCUCUUGGGAACUAGCAAACAACCAAAAUGUGAACGGAUUCAGCACCCUCGGGGAGAACAUUGCGGACAACGGUGGUGUGCGACAGGCAUACAAGGCUUACCUACAGUGGCUGGCUGAAGGCGGCAAAGAUCAGCGACUGCCGGGACUGAACCUGACCUAUGCCCAGCUUUUCUUCAUCAACUAUGCCCAGGUGUGGUGUGGGUCCUACAGGCCGGAGUUCGCCAUCCAGUCUAUCAAGACGGACGUCCACAGUCCUCUUAAGUACAGGGUGCUGGGCUCACUACAGAACCUGCCAGGCUUCUCUGAGGCAUUCCACUGCCCACGAGGCAGCCCCAUGCACCCCAUGAAGCGAUGUCGCAUCUGGUAGCCAAGGCUGAGCUAUGCCGCGGCCCACGCCCCGCCACCCAGAGGCUUCCUGAACGGUGUAGCUGGCAGAGAUAUGCAGGUCUUUGCCUGAAGGCCACCGGAGCCACAAGCCAGCCCUCCGCGCCCAGCCUAGAGUACAGCCACACGCCCGCACCCGGGAUGAGUGGUGUCUGGUCUUGCGCCCCUUCAGGCCAGUGAGGGUCAGCAGCUCAGUAGGAACAGUCAGCUGUCUUCCACCCUCUCCAUAGUGUGUGGCUAAAUGUCCUGGAGCUUCAGACUUGAGCUAAAGUAAACACUUCAAAGAAGAC